AUGCCCGUUAUCAGGGGGAGUGACAAAGAAAAAAUACAACUAUUGAAAGUGUUAGACUCUCGUAAACCACUUUCAUGUGCGUUCAGAAAUUUUGACUUGUGCGAAUAUCCGGUUCUUCCUCGGAACAUUUCUCAUUCGUGGACGGUUAAAUUGAGCAGUUUGCUCGAGAAACCCAGAUUUGCAUUAAUUGGAUUUCAAACAGAUCGAAAAAAUAAUUUAUUAAAUCCGUCAGUACGAUUCGAUCACUGUUACCUGAAGAACCUUAAAAUACACCUAAACUCUGAAGUGUUUCCAUAUGAAGAUUUCCGUUCAGAUUUCAUAAACAACGUUACGACUAUUUUAUACAAAGCAUAUGCAGAUUUCCAAAAAUCAAACUAUGAUAGAGAAUACAGUGAGCCUCUACUGUCAAAAACCAUUUUCCAGCAAUUUGUACCAAUCAUAGUCGUGGAUUUAUCACGACAGAACGACAAUGUAAAAUCAUCGACUGUUGAUUUACGCAUCUAG